UAUUAUUAUUAUUAUUAUGGAUCCUUCUUCAUGCACCAGUACUUCUUCUGUAAAUGGAUUCUACAACUUGCUGAACCGAGGGCUUGAAGAACUCGAUUGCUCCUUCGUUUCUUGUAACUUGUUAUCGAUCCAGUUCCUCCAAAAGAUCUUAUCUUCGCUUCGAUCUUUUCAUUCCCAGUUGACCCUCUUGGUCCAAAAGCUUCAUCUUCCUGUAGGAGAAAAAUGGCUCGAUGAAUACAUGGAUGAAAGCUCUAGGCUUUGGGAUGCUUGUCUUUUGCUCAAAUCUGGCAUUUCUGGGAUUGAAAGUUAUUGUUCCUCGGCUACCAAUAUUGCUUCUUCUCUUGAUCAUCGUCUCCACUUCAACCUACAGUUCUCUCGCCAGGUGAUACGAGCAAUAGUGGGGUGCCAAAGGGAAAUUGUGGGGCUAGAAGAGGAGAACAGGAACCUAAUAGAAACAAGAGCAAGGCAACUAUCACUUCGAUUCGACGAAAAAGUCACCGUCGAAUCGAAGCUGAACGGUUUCAACGGCUUCCGAGGCGUUCUCUACGCAAUGAGGAACGUCAGUUCAUUGAUCCUAAUGAUCCUCCUCAGCGGUCUCGUGUACUACUGCCCGGAACUGAGCUUCGUCCACGCCGAACACGAAGGACACAUGAUAUUCGGGUCACCGUUCAUGGUCUCCAUAUCGAGGCUCCACCAAAGAGUAUCCAAUGAAAUGUAUCAAAACGGCGGCCAACAAGCCGGGAUCAUGUUAUACGAAUUCCGAGAAGCAAAGGUGGCCAUGGAAGAGCUGAGGGAGGAAAUUGAAAGGAUGGUGAAUUACGGAUCAUUGGAAAGCGAAAUAAUCCGAGACAAGAUCGACAACUUGAACAGUUGCUUCGGGUUAUUGAGAUGUGGGGUGGAGACUAUAAUUGGACAAAUCGAUGAUUUCUUUGAUGAAAUAGUUGAAGGGAGGAAAAAGCUUCUGGACAUGUGCACUCAUAGGUAAGUUUAACUUUGUGUACAUGUGAAAGCUGUACUAGUAAUUUAAAAAGUUUAAAAAAAAAACAGAGAGAGAAAGAGAACCAGUUGUUAAAGUGGCAUCAUGUCACUCAAUUUCUUCGUUUUUUUUAAUAUUUUCUUCGUUUGGCCCACUUUUGUUUUUCAACCUAGUUUGUUCAUGUUUGAAGUCAAGUGUUUGCAGCUGCAAUAGUUCUUGAAGAAAACUCUUUUCUGAUGAAAACCCAGAAAAGGAAAUGCCUUAGGGGACAGGAGAAUAUGAUUCUUGAAGAUAAA